CAAUUUGUGUAAUUAGCAGAAUUAGCUCAAUAUCAGGUCAAAUGAAUAUGGAAUCACAAGCACAAGCUGUUGAAUGGUUGGACAGAAAGAGGAAAUGAGAUAUGUAUUUCUUUUAUAUAAGAAGAAUUAUUUUAGGAUUCCAUUUUUAACAGAGACAUUUUGCAAAGCUAUAGUACUAUUGGGACUUUGUAUUAACUUCCGUUCAUUGUGGACAGCCUAACGUUAACCUCUACCUCAGAAAGGACGUUUGGCCUCAAUGGGACCCGUCUUAGGUCCCCAUGAGGUCUGCUGGUCCUGAUACGGUCAGUGUUUAUGCUGGAAAAGGUCCUAAGGAAGUAACAAAAAACAUACACACACAUACACAGUGGAAGUCCGUGCAUCACAUGCAAACAUCAAUGGGAGGAGAAUGGAAACUGAAAGUUAGAGACGGAGAGAGGAAAACGAAUCUUACGCAGAGGAGAGGGAGCUGAUCAGCUGGGCCAGCCUCUAUAUAAAGUGACGAGUUGAUUCUUCAGCUGUUAGUGUUGUUCUUGCUACUGAACAUCAUCAGCUUCAUCAUCUGCUGUUUACUGAAGACCAAGUUUUCCUGAGACGCUUCUGCUUUGAAUCAAGAGACAUGGAUUUAAUCAUCACUAUGAUGAACGGGAAGACCGUCACACUGAGGGUGAACCCCCAGGACACGGUGGGCAGCCUGAAACAGGUCCUCCAACAGAAAAUGGAGGUGCCCGUUCAUGGGCAGAGGCUGGUGUUCGACAACGGCCAGCGGACUGACCUGAGCGACGACCUGCGGACCGUGGGCUCCUACGGGCUGCAUGCCGGCUCCAGGCUGUCUCUGCUGGUGAUCGAGCCGAGCCCGCCGAGCCCGCCGGCCACCUUCCAGGUGUUGCUGAGGAAUGAGAAGAACGUGCUGACCCCCUACGACAUCACAAGCGACGAGACCGUGAGCGACUUCAAGCGCAGGGUCCAGUGCAAGGAGGGAGUGGCGGUGACUCAGCAGAGGCUGGUGUACCAGAGCAGGGAGAUGACCUCCGGCAAACUGUCCGACUACAACGUGCAGGGCCUGAGCACCAUCGAACUGUUAAUGCGUCUGAGAGGAGGAAACUGAUCAUCAUCUGAUCAUCACAGAGCCUUAUGACGAGUUCAUGAUCAUUGGAAGUGUCACUAAAAACUGAACCUUUAAUUUGUUAUUUUCCUUGUGACAAUUUUAUUUUAUGCUAAAUGUUCUGUAUUUGUUCACUUCAAUAAGAAGCCUGUUGUAAAUAUUUUAAUAAAGUGAGUUUCAAUGUGAA